CCAGUCUUUGACAUGCUGCCACCCGUUGUCUCUCUUUUAUCACUCUGGAAGUGCUCGGCCAUUACUCCCACACCUUCGUCCACAUCGUACCCUUCGUUAACAGCUGUCCAAUACUCUUAAUAUUGCACAUAAACCCCUCCGCCGACACUCCCUGCCCUUGCCGAGUGACCCGCCACCUAUCUCAGAAUCUCAGAAUCCUCCGACCGGAUGCCCUCGCUGCGACCUUACCGGAACUGUGCUCACAGCUCUCCUGCGCCCUGAAUCUCUCAUAGAAUGAGCUUUCAAAUAGAAUAAAGAAAGAUCCCCUACACCUAAUCCCGGAGUCCUCACCUAAUCCAGCACUCGGUUUGCUCGAGCUGCGCACAACUGAGCCGACGAAGCUUCUUCUGGUUAUGUCAAAGGCCUCCAGCCUGCUACCAGCGAUUCAAAAUUAACAAGACCAAGCCGAAACCUCGUCGAUCCGAGACGCCGGGCAUUGGCCUGUGGCAGCAAUGGUGUCGGUGCUUUGGCGCGCCAUGCCCUCGUGGCUGACACUGUGGUCGAUUUUGAUGGUGCUUUUGGCGACGAAUGUGCAGCGGGCUGCAGCGGACAACAUCAGAUGGAUAGAGUAUACAGGCAAUGAUGGCACUGUCUACCUCAACGACGACCGACGCCCUUCCCUGUACACUCAAAAUUUCGGAGACUGCCAGGGCGACUCACUCAUCAAUGUCACCCGUUUCGAUGCGGCAUACUACAAGGACAACAUGACCGUUCUCUUCCACUUGGAGGGCAAUUCUGCGUUGACAAACGAGAGUCUGAUGCUAUACAUCGGCGUUUUUGCUUACGGACAGUCCCGUUUUAAUCUGACGUUCAAUCCGUGCAACGCAAACAUUAACAGCCUCUGUCCCCUCAACUCAUCCAUACCCAUCAACGCAAAUGGCAUCAUCCCCGUGGCACCGUCGGAUGUGGCUAAUAUCCCAUCCAUUGCCUUGACCAUUCCCGACUUUGAAGGACAGGCAAUCCUUCGCAUCUUUGCCAACUCGACCGAAUCUCAGAUUGCUUGCUUCUCUGCGGUGGUCACCAAUGGAGCUUCAUUCUCGCAUCCCUCAGCAGUGGCCUCUAUUCUCGGCGCGUUCGCCGUCAUCGCCUUGAUCUCUUCGGCGGCCAUGGCCAUGUACGGACAUGAUAUUUCCGAGACUCGAAAGCACUAUGCCCACUCGGUCUCCAUUUUCGUGGUCUUCUCCGUUUACCAGCACAUCUUCUUUACUGGAGGGCUGUCUAUGAACUGGCCAAGUGUUCUGGUCUCGUUCUGGAGUAAUUAUGCGUGGUCCGCCGGGAUAAUAUAUAGCCAGAAGAUGCAGAAUUCGAUCAACCAGUUCAUUGGGAACAAUUUUGGCAAUAUCAGCAUGGUUGGUGCGGCUCCUAACGGGCAGAAUGCUAAUGGGCUAGGAGGAGGCUAUGAAAUCUCGCAAAUCUACAAGCGAGCAGCUCCGACGCCGUUUGCGUCAAUCCAAGCGGACCCCUUUGACAUGCGCCACCUGCUCAAGAGACAAGCCACCAACGCGACAAACGGCACCGAUCAGUUCUCCUGGUACGGAAAACCAGUGCUCCCAGGGUUACCGCUGCCCGGUAAUUAUUCUGGCUUUGCUGGAACGUUGGCCGAGCUCAAUAUACCCGCGUCCAACGCAUUCCUGACGGGACUUUUAUGGUUCCUCAUUCUGAUAGCUUGUCUUUUGGCUGCUGUCUUCUUGCUCAAAUGGAGCAUUGAGGGCUUGGUCGCCGUUCGACUGAUCAAGACAACUCGACUUGGGUACUUCCGGAAGCAUUGGCUAUGGUUCAUGGCCGUGGCUAUUUUACGGACAUGCUACAUUGCCUUCUUCAUGAUGAUGUUCUUGACCAUGUUCCAGUUCACCCUCGGGGGAGCACACGGUGUCAAGGCCAUAGCGGCGGUGAUACUCACAAUUUUCCUGGUGGGAAACCUAGCCAUUUCGGGGUAUGCCCUCUGGUACAGGACCAAGUCCGAGGUACUGCCAGAGCUACAAGAGCAGGCAAGCCAUGAAUCUCGUGGUACCGAAAAUACCGGGAAGUCCGCUUGGUAUAAGAUCAGCUUUAAGAAAGUGCCUGAAAACCAAGCCGCAGAUGGCCAGACACCCCGACCAACGACAUGGCUCCAGAGACAUUUUUCAGGUCCGAACACUGGCAGAGUUCAUGUUCAUGACGAUGAAAAUUACAUUAUCAGAUUCGGUUGGCUGGCAUCCAGAUUCCGCCGCAGUAGGUGGUGGUUUUUCUUCGUCUGGCUGAUCUAUGAGCUUGUAAGGGCUGCAUUCUACGGUGGUGCUGCAGGCCAUGCCUUGACUCAGGUCUUCGGUCUGCUGGCUUGGGAGAUUAUUGCUCUGGUAGCAAUUGUGUUGCUGAGGCCUUUCGAGAGCAACCGACUCAACUUGAUCAUGGUAUACCUUCUAGGCUUCAGCAAAGUGGCGACGGUGGCAUUGUCAUCAGCUUUUGAUGCUCGGUUUGGGCUGGAUCGGAUCAUGACCACAGUGAUUGGAGUGGUCAUCAUUGUCAUUCAGGGAAUUUUGACCAUCUGUCUGAUGAUCGCCAUCGUUCUCGGGGCGAUCUCCAGCUACAUGUCCGUCACGCGAUACCGAGAGACUAUCAAACCGAAAUCCUGGCUGAAACCACGGACACGAUAUUUCGCACAUGUCGAUCGUAAGGCAACUGACCGACCAAAACCACCUCCGCCGCCACCGCCGCCAGAGCCUGAACGUCCGAAAGAACCUUACUUCAUGGUGUCAAGUGUCCGUCGCCAGCCCAAGAUUGAGGACGAAGACCCAGACAAUCAAAUGGCCGAGGUGUACAUGUCACCACGGGCUUCUAUGGACCCCGAGAAAGAAGCAAGCCAUCAGGUGAGCGUGUCUCGGUCACAAUCCAUGCGGUCUCGAACUAGCGUAUCGAACCUGCCCUAUGGAGCAAGAGCUCAUCGUGUCAGCUGGAGCACGAAAGACUUCCAAGACAUGGACCUCGAGCAAGGCCCCGGUCCAGUACAUACACGCAUGAGUAUAGAGAGCAUUCGCGACGUCCCCAGCAGGCACCGGGCAGCAAGUUUGCGGGGACCGUCAAGGGCUGGCACACCGAUCGGGGAGAUGAACGAUUCAUCCACCGGCCCAGAUGUUCUGGCCCAUCGUCGGGGGCACCGACGCAGCGUGUCGACACCACUGGGGUCAAAGCGGCACAACACGACGGUUGACGAAGAAAAGGAGAACGACCCCGACAUUGACCAUCAAUAGUCGCUGGAGUGGAAACAGCGACGCAGGUCACGAAGCGAUGAGACCUUGACGACAUUUAUGGACAUAAUUAAUCAUUGAGCUUUUGACCGUGUCGAAAGGCUCCAGUGACGAGCUAUGACUACGACAUAUUGCACAGGGGACUAUUUCAUGAAGCCAAGCAUAGAUACAGAGCUUCACCACCAUGGAUUGGAAUCAUCAUAGAGGCGCCAGGUAUGGGCAAGGCAAAAUGGCGAGGCAUUACCCAGUGACAGUAUCUUCCAUCACAGCGAACGGCGUUUGAACAAACUUUGUGGCAGUACAUUAACAGAUCGCUUUCCUGAAGGUAGAGAGCAAUUUCAGAGAAAGCGAGUGGACGCCGGGGCCCAUCAGCAGGAACUCAUGCAGUGCCCAAAGGCUCAGUGAUGUGUUUGAUCAUUUUAACUCCGCUAUCUUCUUUCCUCAUCCCGCCCCCUAAUCAGA